GAAGAAAUGCAAGCCACACAAUAUUUUCUCACUUGGCAUUAUUGAUAUCUUAUCCCAAACAUUAUAAUAACAGCUCAAGGCUGUCUUUGUCAGUCAGCACUGUGUCUCUUUCCCAGCUCUCAGACAAGACGGCGUUCUUCUCUCCGACCACCGUCAUGGAAGAAAAACCGUCGGCGGCAACCGGACUUCAGCCAAUCCGCUGUAGAGCUGCCGUCUGCCGGAAGCCCGGCGAACCACUAGUGAUUGAGGAGAUAUCAGUGGCGCCGCCACUGGCUCGUGAAGUUCGAAUCCGGAUAAUAUGCACCUCUUUAUGUCAUACUGAUAUUUCCAUUUGGAAGUUGAAGGAUCCUCCGGGGGUUGUUCCAAGAAUCCUUGGCCACGAAGCGUUCGGGGUGGUUGAAAGUGUAGGGGAGGAUGUGAACGAAGUUAAGGAAGGAGAUACUGUCAUCCCAACAUUCAUGGCUGACUGUGAGGAAUGUGAAGAUUGCUUAUCAAAUAACAGCAAUCUUUGUUCAAAAUUCCCUUUCAGCAUGUCUUCAGUAAUGCCCCGCCAUGGGACAAGCAGGUUCACAGAUCUCAAUGGAGAGGUUAUUCAUCAUUUUCUGUAUGUUUCAAGUUUCAGUGAAUACACCGUUGUAGAUGUGGCCUAUGUCAUCAAAGUAGAUCCUGCUAUCCCUCCAAACAGGGCAUGCCUCCUUAGUUGUGGGGUUGCAACAGGGGUUGGUGCAGCAUGGAAAACAGCAAAUGUGAAGAAGGGAUCCACUGUUGCCAUUUUUGGACUUGGGUCCAUAGGUUUAGCUGUAGCUGAAGGAGCAAGACUAUGUGGAGCAAGCAGGAUCAUUGGGAUAGAUAUCAACCCAGAUAAAUUUGAAGCUGCCAAAAAGUUUGGAGUCACUGAGUUCUUGAAUUCUGGGAGGCUUGAGGAUAAAUCUGUGAGCCAGGUAAUUAAUGAAAUGACGGGUGGAGGUGCAGAUUACUGCUUUGAAUGUGUUGGAAUGGCUUCAUUAGUUCAGGAAGCCUUUGCAUGCUGCAGACAGGGUUGGGGAAAAACAAUCGUGUUAGGAGUGGAGAAGCCCGGCGCAGUUUUGAGUUUAAACUUUUUUGAUAUCCUUUUACGUGGAAAGAGUAUCAUGGGAUCGUUAUAUGGAGGAUUGAAGCCUAAAUCAGAUAUCCACACUCUCAUUAAAUGGUAUACAGAAAAGAAACUUGAGCUAGAUAAAUUUGUCACACACGAGAUAGGUUUUGGAGACAUCAAUGAAGCUUUUGAUUUGCUCAUCGAAGGAAAGUGCUUGAGAUGUGUGAUAUGGAUGAACAAAUAAGUAGCCACCCUAUCACGUUGUGACUUGUCUUGUUAUUAAUCUAACAAUUAUGCUAUUCAAAAACUUUAAAUUGUACGUCUAUAUAACACUGGUUUAAAUGUCGUGAUUACGGGUUUUGUCUA